CGAUUUCUAUAAUUUGCAGUAGUGCAUCCACGAACAACACAUUUAUGACUCCCCUUUUUUCAAUACAAGAUCAAUUUUUCUCAAGGAGAAUGUUUGCAUCGAGAUAAACAAGAAAAUUAAAUUGAAUACGGAUGAGGAAUUGGAUAUGAAUUUAAAAUUUAAAUGGCUCUUUCUUGGAAUAGUUAUCACCCUCCUUGAAAUCGAUAUCACUAGAUCAAUGACAGAAAAUGAAGAAGAUUUUUCAGCAUUGAAAAUUGAUUCCCCUUCUUCUCAUAUUGCUCUUUCGGGAGACCUUACGAUAACUGUUGCGAAGUCAAAUAAAACAUUAGAAAAUUCAAAGUACAAAUAUGAGUUCAAAGAAAAAGAAAAUGAAAAUUUAAAAUCGUUUAAAAAUAUUUCUAAUCAAUUUAUGCUAUUAAGAAUACUGUACCUUCUUGAAGACAUAUCAGAAUUAAUUGGUGAAAUUCAAUUAAAAAAAUUACCUACAGGAAAUGAAACAAUUUCAAUUAUUAUUCCUUGCGGAUAUUUUACUCGUGGCGGUGUUUAUAUUCUACGAAUAGAACACAUGUAUGAAAAUUCAACAGUGCCUGUUGCCAACUUUCAUCAGACAAGUAAAAUAUUAGAUGUAAAGUGGCCACUACCAGCAAUAUUUUUAGAAUCUCAACAAAUUAUUACUUAUCCAGACGAACCUGUCAAAACCACAAUAAAAUAUAAUGGAAUGAAUUGUAGUCCAUUUGAAAAUGUUCCUGUAGCUGUCUAUAUUUUACAAUUAAUAUAUUGUGGAUCUAGUGUAACUGCUUGUUAUUUGCAGAAUAAUACUUAUAUUCAAAUAUUAUAUUACGAAGAAAUAAGAGAUUUUCUACCAAUAAAGACUAUUUUUUUCCGAUGUGAACUUUUUGGAUUACCUGGAAAUUAUGCUAUAAGAUUAAAAGCUACGAAUAAUAAUCCCACAGCACCAAAUACUAGCGUGUAUUUUAAAGUGAGUUGGUCCGAAGAAUUUAAACUUACAGUUCAUGCAAGAUCUAUAUAUCCUUGUGAAGGGUCAGGAGGUGUCCCUGUCCUUUUCGAAUAUCCUUCGUGUCGUCUAGAAGGUGAUCGUAUUCGUGUUUAUGGCCGUUUGAAAGCUGACGUUACAUCCGUUGCUUCACCUUCCAGUCUUCAUUAUAUUACAGAAUCAAGAUCAAUACCUGGGAAGCAUUCUUUGGCUUUCGAUUGUGAUCUUUUUACAGAAAAAUUUAUAGAAUAUUGUUUUGUCUAUGUUAGUCAGGCGAUCACAGGUGCCAUGGGAAAUGUUAAAAUAUCCUGCAUACCUACAUUUCCUUUCCAAGAAAGUGAUACUGCGGGAUGGGGUCCUUGGAGUCCAUGGAGUCCAUGUAGUAGUUCGUGUUUCGGAGGAAUUCGAAAUCGAUAUCGCUUUUGUGAUACUCCGCCACCAAAAUAUGGGGCAAAAUUUUGCCAGGGAAAAGCAAUAGAAACUGAAUUUUGUGGCAAAAUUUUUUGGAAUGAAUCUAUUAAAGAUGAAUGGCACAAUCGAAUUGAGGAUUCUAAAUGUCAUAAUACAGUUUUAGCAACAAAACCAGAAGUUAUAGCUGAAAUUGGAUUACAAUGUCGCUGUGGAUGUCGUAUUGUAUUAAAACAACAAACUUUAAGAAAAAUGCUUGGAGCCAAUACUCAAGCUUGUCCUGGUCGAUCUUUUUGGCUUUUGCAGGCACAGCCGAAUUUCGUAAUUGGAUUACAUUUAGAUCAAUUACAAUUUCCUUGUCUGGGACAAUAUUUUCGUAUCCGAGAUGGCAAUACUUUGAAUGCGAAUCUUUUAGUCGAUAUUGCAUUUGAUAAAAUGCAGCUUACUGCCAAGACAUUCUUUAGCUCUGGACCAAAUUUAUUAGUGGAAUUUUUUAGUGAUGAACUUAUAGCAUCAGGAGAUGCUUGUAUUGGUGGUUUUCUUGCUCAUGCGGGUGUAUUAGAUAAAAAAUAUUUAAAAAGAAAUAGAACCACAACCGUUGUGCCUUUUAAAACAAAUUCAACGAACGUUGAAAUAGAUUGGUUCUCUUGGGAACCAAUACAUAUAACAACUACCUUAUUCUUGCUACUUAUAUUUUCACUUUCUAUUAUUUUGACGUUACAAUUUAUUGUAAGAUAUAGAAAGUAUCGUAUUGCUGAAGAUUUGGACAGUACGAGUGAUAUUUCUGAAUUAAUGCCUAAUCGAUCGAGAUUUCUAUCUACAAGUACAAUUAUUUCGGAAGUUAUUUCUAUGAUAGAAACUACCACAAAAGUUUCUCCAAAAGAAAUGUUAAAUAAUACAGAAGAACAUUAUCAAAGCACUGAAACAUUAACAGGAUGUAAGGAUGAAUCUACAUUGAGUUCUAGUACAUUAAAAUUAAGUAAUACAAUAGAAACUUCUUCUGACAAAACAAUCACUUCAAUGAAAUCAAACUGUGAUAAAUUAUUAUCUGCUUCCAGCAUUCUUGUUUAUAAUAAACCUGAAGUUAAAUAUGCUUAUCCUAUAAAAUUACAAACAAUAGAUUUUGAUACAUUAAAAGAGAAAGCAUCAAAAAUGGAAAGCGAAAAUAUGAAAGAUAACAUGAAUGAUAUUUUAAAAAUUUAUAAAAAUAAUGAAAAUAAUUAUUCAGAAAGAAAAGAAUCUUCACCUGAAAGUAUUCUUUCAAGUUCAUCAACUUUAGCAAGUGGAAAAGAAACAAAGGAACGAAAAAAUCGUGAAAAACUUUUACAAGGUCCAGGAUCAGAAUUUAGUUUAACAAAUCCUGAUUCAGAAUUGGAAUUAGAUUAUUAUGAUUAUAAUGUAGCAAAUGCUAGUGCUGUUCCAGGAUCUUAUUUAGGAAUGGAUCCUGCUUUUUUAGUUUGGAUUCCACCAAUUGAAGACUUAAAUCUUAAUACAGAGGAUCUUCUUUUAGGAAAUAAACGAAAUUCUAUUUUGGCACUUGAAACUGAAGGUGCUGCAUUAACACCUUCUGAAUAUAGAAGAAUGAAACUCUCUAGUUUUGACGAUUUUCAAUUUGAAUUAGAACAAGGAACAAGAAAAUUUGAAAAAUUACUUCCUGUGCAAAAACUUCUAGAAGAUUCUAGUAUCAAAGUAAGCAUGGAAUCUAUAUCUGGUAUUCUUGAACAAAAACAAUAUUGUGUUAUUUCAAACAAGAGAAUUCGUUUAAGUAAAGAAGAAGAAUCAAGCGAAGAAUCUAAUUCUUCUAAAAGUCUUCUUGGAAGUCCUAUAAAUAUGAUAGAUAAUGAAGAAAAUAAUAAGGAAAAAUUAAGUUCUACUUCGAACAAAAUUUUACAAAAAGAUUUUUCAAAAAUAAAGCAAAAUUCUAAUCAAAAAAAUAUAUCUAAAGAUCAAGAUGAAGAUAACAUAUCUUGCAAAUAUAAAGAAUUAAUGGAAUGUAAUCAAUCAUUUACAAAUCUAAAAGACACAGUAAAUAUUCCAAUGACAGAACUAUCAGGAAGUCCUUUAAAAAGUUUUUCUCAAGUUCGAAAAUUAAAUAGUAAAGAGAUUAAUACUACAUUAAAUAUUCAUAAUCCAGAUUAUGGUAUAGAAACAUUUUGUUUAAGACAAGGAUCUUUUUAUGAUCAAAACAUUAAAUUUGUUGAUGAUGACGAUGAUGAAUAUAUCAAUUAG